GUGGUUAGUCUUCUGCUAGACAGCUAGAGUGCUGCCCUGCUCGGCUCAGGUUGCCUGCACACCAGCAAUGGACCUAACAACCAAACUGAGUUUCGACUCGCGGCUCCUCCGCGUCUACGAAGACGGCCGAGUGGAGCGACUCUUUGGCACAGAAACCACCCUCCCGGGAUUUGACGCCGCCACCGGGGUCAGCUCCAAGGAUGUCGUCAUCGACGGCACCACCGGCGUCUUCGUCCGUCUCUACAUCCCCGACCUUCCCGGGUCCGAUUCCCAGUGCAAGAAUCUCCCGAUCCUCGUUUACUUCCACGGCGGCGGCCUCGUCAUCGAGUCAGCGUCCUCUCCGACGUACCACAGGUACCUCAACUCCCUCGUCUCCAAAGCCGGUGUCCUGGCCGUGUCGGUCAACUACCGCCUCGCUCCGGAGCACCCGCUUCCCGCAGCCUACGACGAUUCCUGGACGGCGCUCAGCUGGGCCGCGUCUAGGGAUGAUCCGUGGCUGUCGGAGCACGGUGAUGCUGGCAGAAUGUUCCUGGCCGGCGACAGCGGGGGCGCGAACAUCGUUCACAACAUGGCAAUCAUGGCCGGCACCGGGGGCGUUCUGGCCUCAGGGGCACCGCUAGAGGGGGCGAUCGUGCUUCACCCCAUGUUUGGAGGGAAGAAGCCAAUCGACGGCGAGGUCAUGUACAUGCGAGAGAUUAUGGCGAAGUUCUGGCCCCUAAUAUGUCCGGUAAGCGUAGAAGGGCUGGACGACCCGAAGUUGAACCCGAUGGCUCGUGGAGCGCCGAGCCUGGAGAAGUUGGCAUGCCGGAAGCUGCUUGUCUGCUCGGCCGAGCUAGACUACGCACGGCCAAGGGCAGCGGCUUACUACGAGGCCGUGAAGGCGAGCGGGUGGCGCGGCACGGUGGAGUGGCUGGAGUCCGUAGGAGAGGAGCAUGUCUUCUUCAUCAACAAGCCGGAGGGUGAUGAGUCUAUGAAGCUGAUGGACCGGCUAGUCCACUUCCUCAACGGCAACUGAUCCAGAGGAGAUUCAUGCGUGCAGUGUGUUUUUUUUUCCUUUGCAGAUCAUGUUUCCUUCGUGUUUACAUGCGCGAAAAGGACUAGCAUCAGAAACAGCCAGAGUAUCGGAAAUCCACGUUUGUUCUUGGUGCCACAGAAUGAAUAUUUUAAAUUUUCAAAAAAUAAAACAACAUUUUCACCGUA